AUGACGAAACUCAUUAGGGAAGCUAACGACAUCGAUGCAAUACCCUUUUACUGUGCUCUGCUCUCAUUUUUGAGAGAUGAAGAUUACGAAAGUUCAGCUUUUACAGAUCCUCCAGAAGUGCUACCGUCACAUCGCCAAGUUUUGACUAUCGGCUACGGCCAGAAUAGUUCAUUGGUGUGUUCUGUAGAUGGAAAUCCAAAGCCAAAUACUUACACGUGGUCUAAGAACGGCCACUUCGUAACGAAAACAACAGAGGACUCUAUUUUGAUUCGUGGUGAAAGAGAGUCGGAUGGCGGAAUUUUCGGAUGCCAAGCGGAGAAUUCUGUGGGUAGGAGUCCGAUCAUCGAGACACAUGUGAUAAUAGCAGAACCGCCAGCGUUCAUCACCCGCCCGCCACUUGAGCUUCGUGUCCAUGAAGGCGCACCGGUCGAUGUGAGCUGCAGUGGGUUUGGUGAUCCGCUCCCAAUUGUUUACUGGGUUCAUUCGGAGGCUUGUAGAAGAAUCUCUUCAGCUACACUAUCUUUUCCAUCAGUUUCGCAUAAUGAUUAUGGAAUGUAUGAGUGUAUCAGAACUCGCCCACAGGCGGCCGUCAUCGAUAGCGUUGAUUGUGUAGGUAAAGAGGCAAUGGUAAUCAAUUGGAUACCAGGGUUUGAUGGCUCCUAUCCGCAGUCAUUUGUCGUCCAUUACGGGUCCGAUCAGUCCUUGUCGGACAAGACACUUCUGACGACGUCAACAUCGGCCACCAUCGGCGAUUUGACAUCGUUCACCAAGUAUCGGAUUCAUAUCGAAAGCCGAAAUCAGAAAGGCUCGACAAACUCAAGUCCUGUCGAGAAAUACGGUUAG